CUCUCUCUCUCUCUCUCUCUCUCUCUCUCUCUCUCUCCCCCCCCCAAUAAAAUUAGAGACAAGUGUUGCAAAAGAACCAGAGAAAGGAAGUGAUUAAGAAGGAUUAGCAGUUGCAGAAUGCCAAGUAACAGUGCACUAGUGGAGGCAGAGGUUCCAUUGUUGGAUGAUUUAGCUUCAACCGUCCGAUUGAAACGUGAACAUAAUGAUGAUGAAACUCAAGCUACUACUCUUGUAAGGAGAUCUUGGAUUGAAUCAAAGAAGCUGUGGCACAUAGUUGGUCCCGCAAUCUUUAGCCGUGUAGCCUCGUAUUCCAUGUUGGUCAUCACCCAAGCCUUCGCCGGCCACCUCGGCGACCUCGAGCUUGCUGCCAUCUCGAUUGCUAAUAAUGUCAUUGUUGGUUUCGAUUUUGGGCUCUUGUUAGGGAUGGCAAGUGCUUUAGAAACACUAUGUGGGCAAGCUUAUGGAGCAAAGAAGUACUACAUGCUUGGAGUGUACAUGCAAAGAUCAUGGAUUGUUUUGUUUCUGUGCUGUAUUCUUCUUCUACCAAUCUAUCUCUUUGCCUCUCCAUUUUUGAAGCUUUUAGGGCAACCCACAGAAGUUGCAGAGUUGUCUGGCGUUGUGUCCAUGGUCAUGAUUCCUCUUCACUUCAGCUUUGCGUUUCAGUUUCCAUUGCAGAGGUUCCUACAGAGCCAGCUCAAAACAGCAGUGAUUGCAUGGGUUUCUCUGGUUGGCCUUGCAGUGCAUGUGUUUGUGAGUUGGUUUUUUGUGUACAGACUUCAGUUUGGAGUGAUUGGCACUGCAAUUACCAUAAACUUUUCGUGGUGGGUUUUGGUGUUUGGUCUUCUGGGUUACACUCUCUUUGGUGGCUGCCCCUUGACUUGGGCUGGUUUCUCCAUUGAAGCAUUUUCUGGCCUUUGGGAAUUCACUAAACUCUCUGCUGCUUCUGGAGUCAUGCUUUGCCUGGAGAAUUGGUAUUAUAGAAUACUAAUUCUGAUGACUGGGAAUCUACAGAACGCAGAGAUUGCUGUGGAUGCGUUGUCUAUAUGCAUGACGAUAAAUGGGUGGGAGAUGAUGAUUCCUCUGGCCUUCUUUGCAGGAGCUGGAGUUAGGGUUGCAAAUGAGCUUGGAGCUGGGAAUGGGAAGGGAGCCAAGUUUGCGACAACAGUGGCAGUUGUGACAUCUGUUAUAAUUGGCCUCUUCUUUUGGCUCUUGAUUAUGAUGUUCCACAACGAGUUCGGCUACAUAUUUACAAAUAGUGAACCUGUUCUUACUGAAGUUAGCAAACUCUCCCUUCUACUAGCCUUCACAAUUUUGCUCAACAGUGUUCAACCAGUUCUCUCUGGUGUGGCCGUGGGAUCUGGGUGGCAAUCUUAUGUGGCAUACAUAAACUUGGGCUGCUAUUAUCUGAUUGGCGUGCCACUUGGGUUUUUAAUGGGAUGGUUCUUCCACCAAGGAGUGAUGGGAAUUUGGGCUGGAAUGAUCUUUGGUGGGACAGCAGUUCAAACCUUGAUAUUGGCCAUCAUCACAAUUCGAUGCGACUGGGAUAAAGAGGCAGAGAAAGCAAGCAUGCACGUAUUGAGGUGGGCGGACAAGAACUAAUAAUAUUAACAAUGUCCAUCGGAUUUGCUGAUGAUGUUUUACGAUUACAUUGUGUCAAUAUAAACAAGACAAAUUUGUUUAGAUUGUACGGAAAGGAAUAGAAGACAGAAAUUAUUUUCUGCAGAACUAAGAUUUGAUAGGUGAAUUUACAUUGGAAAAAUUUCAUACUUA